UCAGUCACUACACACAUAAACACUAGUAAUGUGACGGUGGGUGCUUGCACGAUUGUGCUUACGCACCAUUGGUAGUUUAGCUAACGGUAGCAUGCUAACAAAACUUAGCCAGGGCUAAUGCUAACGUUAGCUAGUCAGCAAACUCCAGUGUCAUCACGCAUCUUCGUUUACUAAAGCUAACAAGCUAGCUAGCGUGCUAGCCAGCUGCUGCUAGCAAAUGAACGAGGCUGUGUAGCAUUAGAUUACCCGCCUAGGACCUGUCUUGCAAGCUAACUCCGUAUGUUACCGUAUGUUCAAGGAGGUGGAGGUGACAUGCAGUGGUGCUUCUCCCAGGUGAAAGGAGCCAUUGACGACGAUGUGGCUGAAGCGGACAUCAUCUCCACAGUUGAGUUUAACCACACAGGCGAGCUGCUGGCUACGGGUGACAAGGGUGGGCGUGUCGUCAUUUUCCAACAGGAAAUAGAGAAUAAGAGCCUGCCUCAGUUCCGGAGCGAGUACAACGUUUAUAGCACUUUCCAGAGUCACGAGCCUGAGUUUGACUACUUGAAGAGUUUGGAGAUAGAAGAGAAGAUCAAUAAGAUUCGCUGGCUCCCUCAAAAGAAUGCUGCUCAGUUCCUGUUGUCGACCAAUGAUAAAACUAUAAAACUGUGGAAAAUCAGUGAACGAGACAGGAGACCAGAGGGUUAUAAUCUGAAAGAGGAAGAUGGACGCUACAAAGAUCCUAAUUCUAUCACCUCACUACGGGUGCCAGUUUUGAUACCGAUGGACCUCAUGGUGGAAGCCAGCCCACGCAGGGUGUUCGCAAACGCUCACACCUACCACAUCAACUCAAUUUCAGUCAACAGUGACAACGAGACUUACUUGUCUGCAGACGACCUCCGCAUUAACCUCUGGCACCUUGAGAUCACAGACCGCAGCUUCAAUAUUGUUGACAUUAAACCAGCCAACAUGGAGGAGCUAACAGAGGUGAUCACUGCAGCCGAGUUCCAUCCUCAUCAGUGUAACACCUUUGUCUACAGCAGUAGCAAAGGAACCAUCCGUCUGUGUGACAUGAGGGUCUCUGCGCUAUGUGACAAGCACUCCAAAUUGUUUGAAGAGCCAGAAGAUCCAAGUAAUCGCUCUUUCUUCUCUGAGAUUAUAUCAUCAAUCUCAGAUGUUAAAUUUAGCCACAAUGGACGCUACAUGAUGACCAGGGACUAUUUGUCCGUAAAGAUUUGGGACUUGAACAUGGAGAACAGGCCAGUGGAGACCUAUCAGGUCCACGAGCACCUGAGGAGCAAACUGUGUUCGCUGUACGAGAACGAUUGCAUCUUUGACAAGUUUGAAUGUUGCUGGAACGGCAAUGACAGCGUGGUGAUGACUGGCUCAUACAACAAUUUCUUCCGGAUGUUCGACCGGGGCCAGAGGCGCGAUGUAACUUUGGAGGCUUCCCGUGAAAACAUCAAGCCCAUGCAGGUCCUUAAACCCCGCAAAGUGUGCGUUGGCGGCAAGCGCAAAAAAGAUGAGAUCAGCGUAGACAGUUUGGACUUCAACAAGAAGAUCCUUCACACUGCCUGGCAUCCCCAGGACAACAUCAUCGCGGUGGCGACGACCAACAACCUCUACAUAUUCCAGGAUAAAGUCAAUUAACAACUUCAGGGUGAGCUUGUGUGAGAUCUGGUGUGGGUGACGUCGUGAUGCACCACCUGCCGCCUCGCGGCCUCAGCCAGGGUGAGUCAUGGUAACGCUGACAACCAGCCCUGUUUGUCACUACUGGGUGACCGGCCUUUGUUCCACAUGGAGACAGAGGAAGCCUCGCUCUUGCCCAUCAUCAAUCUGUCUGUGACAGUGAUACCUGCCUUGUUGUGUCAGUGAUGUGCCAUCUUUUUAUUUCUAUUUUUUGGUUAUGUUUUUUUUUUUUUUUUGUUUGUUGAGUUGUUGUUUUUUUUUUGGCCAGCC